GGAAGUCAUUUGCCAAAAGUCAUGAGGUCGGUUUCCGUUGUGUUCGUAGACCAACGGACAGUCGGACGGCACAUUUCUUGCGUCUAAAAGUUUUUCUAAUAGAGAUAAGUGGUCUGAUACGCUGGAUGUAGGCCGCCUGACAAUUCCGUCUGCAAAAUUUUAGGGAAGGUCUAUGUUUAGCAGUGGACUUCAUGUAAUAAUGAUGAAGUAAUGGUUAGGGUUCCCACGUGUAUUAUAAUAUACGGUAUCUAUAUUUUAGUAAAUUAUACUAAAAAUAUAAAACAAACACACAUCAAAUAUUUAUCCCAGAAGGGGUAUACAGAGGCGCAACCAGAGCACCGACUUUUUGCCAAGUGUGUUCCGUCCCAUGAUGUGAUAGGGGGUGAGCCUAUCGCCAUAUCGGGCACAAGUUCCCGACUAAUAAAUUAUAAUUAAAAUCAAAGUAUAAUUUUUCCCAACCCGGGAUUUGAACCCACCUCAGAGUGCUGCUAACGCGCAUGCAGUAUAACUACGUCACCCAGGCAGUCUCAGGCGAAAUUCAGAGAACGACGGGCCGUGGCGAAAAUUGGGCGAAGAUGGGACUAUUGGGGAGUGGUGGAAGAGGCCUUUGCUAUAAGGCAAAGUGAGGUCCUUACCAAUACCUCGUCUGUAUUUCUAGAAUAUUCUUACUAGUGGGUGUGUAUGCUGCUUUACCUCACAGAGAGAGCGCAAAAUUUAGCUUCAGCAGUAUUCUGGACGCGGCACUUCCUCGCAUACAUCCUAUAGUGGCUGCUGGAUCUAAUCGAUGUGAAGCAUUCAAAAGCUUCUUCGGUUUAACAUACGAGCAAAUGCAAGAAAAGAAUGCAUCCGUACACGAAACACUUAACAUCGACUUGAUAACAAAAAACGGAAAUGUGAAAUUCAAUUUAACUGCAACAAAAAGGUUGGGGCGAGUGAUGAAGAACGCUAAGACGAUAAUCAUUCUGAUCCAUGGAUUUCUGGAGAGUUCUGACGGAUGGAUGGUAUCUGGAUUAGCUCCUGUGCUACUGAAUCGUACAGGCUUGAAGUUAUUCGCUUUGGACGGACGUAAGAUUAUCAAUUGGGAGUAUUUUCGAUCUUCAACAUACGCGAGGUUUAUGGGUGAACAACUCGGGACCAGUUUGAGUAAAAUUAUUAAAGACGGACAAGACCCUACAAAGAUUUCCCUAAUCGGUCAUAGUCUUGGAGCCCACAUUGCUGGUGUCACAGGCAAGCGAGUUCACCAACUGACUGGCCAACUCCUCAGCCGCAUCACAGCCUUGGAUCCCGCGGGGCCUUGUUUCAGCAGCGUUGAUUCUGGUAGUCGCAUCGAGCGGACUGACGCAAAAUACGUCAACGUCAUUCACACUAACGGCGGUGUGCUGGGACUGAAAGAGCCUGUCAUAUGGAUUUUUAUCCCAAUGGCGGUAUGUCUCAACCUGGUUGUCUUCUUUCUACGUGUGAUCAUAGUAGGUCAUGGGAGUAUCUCGCUGAAUCUAUCAGUUCACCGAAACACUUUCCAGAAUUUUACUUUCUCCUUCCAGCUCGCAGAUGUGACAACUGGACGAUGUUCAAAGAUGGUUUGUGCUCAAAAAACAAAGUUUCUUACAUGGGUCUUUCCUCCGAUGGAGACCCUGGACUGUACUUCCUUACAACUGGUUCCUCAUCACCAUAUGGCCUCGGAGCUGCUGGCAGUGGAUGAAUUAAAUAUAUUAUUUAUUUUACCUUUUUAAUACCAGAAUUUAAAUCAGGACCACACACCCAUAGACACCCGCCUAUUAGGCGGAGGUGCAAUAGUAAUGAAAAGAAGAAAUGAAAAGAAAAUAAUAUAUUUGUCACAGGCAGACGUGCGUAGGUACAGAUGUAUAAGAAGGGAAAAAACAAAGAAAAUUAAUAUUAUAAAUAAGUAUGAUUAAUAAUAUGUAUUAAUAUCAAAACGAGUACACGAUUUUUUGCCAUAUAUAUUCCGUCCUUGAUAAGGAGAACCUAUCAUCAUAUAGAAUACUAAUUUUAGACUCCAGGCUGAUAUAGAAGAACUAAGGAGCUCUCAAUAAAAUCCGCGGCAGGCACAUGCAAAGAUAAACAUAUUCUAAAAAUAUUUAAUAAAAUAGCCAUAAUGGACAACACAGUGUAUUAUUUAAUACAUUUAUUAAAAACACGUAAAACAUUUACAUGAAUUCCUAUCCGGCAUCACAUUCUAAAAUAUGUGAUGCCGUUACAGCAUUUUGCGAAAUACCAACAAGCAUUUCUAGAAGGGCAGCUCUUCUAGAAGGA